AUGGAGAAGAUGAAUGGUCUGGAAAAUGUUGAGCCUGACUUUAAGGGCUCAUUGGUGACGGUGAAGGGUGUGUUUGAGCCGGCGAGCCUAGUGGAAUAUGUGGCUAAGAGGAUCGGGAAGAGGGCGGCGAUUGUGCAGGUGGAGCCGCAGAAGAAGGCGGAGGAGGCGGCGGUGGAGGAGAAGCCGAAGGAAAGGAAAAAAGAAGAGAAAGCGGCGGCAGGGGAAGGCGAGAAGGAAGAGAAGAAAGGAGAGGAAGAGGCGGGCGCCAAAGAAAAGAAGGAAGGCGAAGAAGGAGGAGGAGCAGAGGAAGUAGCUGCCGCCUCCUCCGCUAAAGCGGAGGAGGCGGCCGCCGUGGCGGAAGUGGAAGAAGAAGACUCGAAGCUCGAAAUGAAGAAGAACGAGCUUUUUUACUACUACUACCCUCCCCAAAACUACUACUACCAUAAUCCUUCGCCGCUAAGGGUCAGGGUACGACUAUCUUCCACAGAUAUUCAGUGA